CGUGGGAAAAUCGGCUCACUGAUUUGCUUCGCGCGCUUGGGCCAAUGGAAUGGUGGUGUGUCUCUGCGUCAUGGGUCAACGGCCAUGGCGACUUGUUAGUCCCCUCCAUCCCUUCCUUCCAACGUAGUCCGCAGUUCAUAAUUUCAUCUUCUCUUACUAUUCAUCCUCGUUCCUCACCAUGGCUGCACCCUCGGAUCCGAUGAAACCCUCCGUCCCCAUUUCUUACCCCAUCACUGACCUCGAAACCCUAAACUCACGCGCCUACUUCGACUCCUUUCACUACCCCUUCAAUAUCUCCUCCGUACCCCUUCCCGCCGCCGCUGUGGUGACGCCACCUCGAAGGCGGAUCCUCGUCUGCCACGAUUUCAAGGGUGGGUACACUGACGACGACAAGUGGGUUCAGGGCGGCACCAACGCCGAUGCCUACGCCAUUUGGCACUGGUACCUCAUGGACGUCUUUGUGUACUUCUCACAUUAUCUCGUCACUCUGCCGCCGCCGGGGUGGAUCAAUGCAGCCCACACCCAUGGUGUCAAGGUGCUUGGGACAUUCAUCACUGAAUGGGGGAAAGGCAGAGAGAUCUGCAACACUUUACUAGCAACAACUGAGUCUGCAAGAACAUAUGCUGAACGGCUGGCUGAAUUAGCUUAUAUGUUGGGGUUUGAUGGCUGGCUGCUAAACAUGGAAGUUUCUUUACAUCCACAACAAAUCCCAAUUUUGAAAGAAUUUGUUGGCCAUCUGACUCAAACUGUGCACAAUGUUGUCCCUGGAUCGCUAGUCAUAUGGUAUGACAGUGUAACUAUGGAUGGUAAACUCGACUAUCAAAAUCAGUUGAAUGAAAAGAACAAGCCUUUUUUUGAUUUGUGUGAUGGUAUAUUUUGUAAUUAUCAUUGGAAGGAAAAUUAUCCAAAAGAUUCGGGUACUGUUGCAGGUAAUCGCAGGUUUGAUGUAUAUAUGGGAAUUGAUGUUUGGGGCAGAGGUACAUAUGGUGGUGGGCAAUGGAAUACAGUUGUCAGCCUUGAUGUAUUGAAGAAUGAUGACGUUUCUGCUGCUAUUUUUGGGCCAGGAUGGGUGUACGAAACUCAACAACUCCCAGACUUCCAGACCGCACAAAAUAGGUGGUGGUGCCUUGUUGAGAAAUCAUGGGGAGUGCUACAAAGAUAUCCAAAUAUAUUACCUUUUUAUUCAAACUUCGAUCAGGGUCAUGGAACUCAUUAUUCUGUAGGAGGCUUCCCACUAGUUGAUAGUUCCUGGAAUAACAUGUCUUGUCAAGGCUUUCAGCCUGUCCUAGAUUGCAAGGAGUCUUCCCAAAGUUCUAUGCUAGUAUUCAACAAUUUUGAGGAUGCAUCUUACAUUGGAGGAGGGAGCAUUACAUGCAAAGGAAGCCUCAACAUCAAUGAUAUUUUCUCGACUAGGCUCUUUUUGGGGCAAUUUACUUUGGAGCAAUCAGUGUCCUUGAAUUAUUAUGUAAAAUCUGAUGGGAACUCCCAGAUGGGACUUAAGCUUUCAUUCUCUUCAAAUCUGAACCAGAUAACACAAGUCCUCCUCCUGCCAGAAGCUGAGCUUCCCAUGGACCAUCUGACAAGCAAAUAUGAUAGAAUCAUUUUCGCACCGAGAUGUUCUCGGCAAGACCUUUUCUUAGGAUCAGAUUGGGUCCAAUAUGAAUCAAGCCUCACCAUGUAUGGCUACACAUUGACUGAAGUUGGUCUUCUCUGCUACUUCAAGAAGCCAGUUGAUGAUGAGCCAACUUUUAAUGCUUCAAUUGGUCUCAUCCGUUUGCAGAUUUCUGAACAAAGCAUUGAAUUCCCAUCAGCUAACUCAUGGAUUACUGAAGGUGAAAACAUCUCAUGGUCCUCAAACAAUGAAGGACUUAGAACCGUAAGCCUUAAAAUUAACUGGAAACUGAAGGAAGGUACAUCAAAAGCAUUUGAGGCAUACAACAUCUAUGUUCAGAAAGUAUCCAAUGGCUUAAACAGAAGUGAUUAUGGCACAGCUAGUACUGCAGAGUUUCUUGCUACUACUAAAGCUGGAGUAUAUUAUAUAUCAGCUUUUGAAGUUCCGAUUGGUGUUACUGAUCUCAUUUUUGUUAUUCAGGUAUUUGCAGUUGAUGGGACUUUCCAGGAACUUGAUCAAUCUCCUAGAUACCAAUUGGCUGUUGGAGGUCAGUAAAGUAGCUAUUUGAUUAGCUUUUUGAUAAUUGAACUGGAUGAAGAACUCAACUGUUUCUUCUUAGCAAUUUCUUUUCACACCAAUAAAUUUUCAUUGUAUGCAUUUUAGAGAUGGCUAUAAUUCUGCACAUGUUAGUGACCAAAAUGAGAUUAUGUUGACUUGAUGGUUUGAUGGUAAGAUUUUAUUUAGAGGUUGAUUGGCUUGAAAUUAAAGGUUUGUAAAAUAUUCUAAAUGCAGGGGUUUUGAAUUUGUUGAUAUUUAUUCUGAAGUAAAAUAAAUGUUGAGGAAAAUUUUAAAGUAUUUGAAGUCCACGUUUUAGUUCAAUUUAUGUGUAUUUGGAGUUUAAUAGAUUUGGGUUAUUUUCAAGUACAAUGAAAAUUCUUUGUUAUUACGGUCACAAGCUGUCGCUCGCCAGCCAUCAUUGUCACCACUCGCUGCUUGUCGCCAAUCACCACCCACUGCAGACAUCACUUGUCAUCAUCAUCACUGUCAACCCAUCGUUACCAUUGUUGUCUGCCAUCUUCACUGUUGCAGCCCACUAGUGUUAAUCAUUAGUCAUCAUUAUCAUUAAACUUUAAACUGCAUUUAUGAAGCAAAAAAAAAAA